AUGGAAGAGGAUGUUGAAAUUCCCCUUAUUUUGGGAUGGCCAUUUCUAGCUAUAGCAAGAGCAAUCAUAAAUGUGAAGAAUGGCAAGAUAACUUUCAAAGUUGAACAAGAAGAAGUAGUAUUUAAUUUGUUCAAUGUAAAUAAGUAUCCUUAUACAGAUAGUUGCUAUAGAGUGGGUUCAAUUAAUGAGUUGGCUAAGGAGGAUUUUGACAAGGAAUAUCUUGCAACAACAAGUUUUGAGGUUGGACAACAAGUGUUACUUUCUAAUUCACACUCCAAGCUUUUUCCAUGGAAACACAAAUCAAGAUGGUCGGGUCCUUUCAAAGUGGUUAAGUUCUAUCCUUAUGGUAUAAUAGAGAUUGAUAGUAAGGAUGCUGACACAUUCAUGGUUAAUGGACUAUGCCUCAAACCUUAUUUCGUGGAUGAAAUUAUUUUUAUCACCUUACCGGACCCUCCUAAUAACUUUGGAGAUAAUGAUGAGGACGACAAACAAAAAUAG